AUGGACAUGGAGCAGGAAGAGAUGCAAUUCCUAGGCUUAAUCGGCAUCUACGUCCAAUCGUACAAAAUAAUCAUUACAUGGCGCAAACUCUUCAGUCGAAUCACUCUAGCCUUAAUCCUUCCCCUUUCAAUCAUCUUCUUAGCCCAGAUGGAAAUCAACGACAUACUCUUCUACCGAAUCGACCGCAACGAAGAACGCCUCGAACACACUCCAUACAAUUCCCCCAAAUACGACAAACUUUCCGACCUUAUUUCCUCCGAAUGGGCUUUCUUCUUCCUUUUCAGACUCCUUUACUGGACAUUCGUUUUAGUCUUCUCCCUCCUCUCCACCUCCGCCGUCGUCUACACCGUCGCCUCCGUCUACACCGGCAAACACGUCUCCUUCCGCGAGAUCAUCUCCGUCGUCCCCAAAGUCUGGAAACGCCUAGCCGUCACUUUCCUCUGCGCCUUCGCGUUCUUCUUCCUUUACAAUAUUGUUUUCACUUUACUCUUUGUUCUAUGGGCUUUUACCCUUUCCGGAUCCGACGGCGUCGGCCCGGUCACGAUAAUCGUCUUGUUUGUGGCCUACUUUAUUGGGUUUAUAUACAUGUCGAUAAUAUGGCAGAUGGCUAGCGUAGUGUCGGUUAUGGAAGAUUCGUUUGGAUUGGGGGCUAUGAGGAAGAGUAAGGAUUUGAUUAAGGGGAAGAUGUGGAUUGCCAUUGUCAUAUUUGUGAAGCUGAAUGUGUCUUUGGCGGCGAUUCAGAUUUUGUUUCAGCUUUUGGUGGCGUACGGCGGUGGAAGUGCGGCGCUGAAGAUUGGGAUGGGAGUUUUGUGUUUGUUGUUGUUGUUGAAACUGAUUUUGAUGGGAUUGGUUAUCCAAACGGUGUUUUACUUCGUUUGUAAGUCAUAUCAUCAUCAAAGUAUUGAUAAGUCUGCACUUUCGGAUCAUUUGGAUGUUUAUCUUGGUGAGUAUGAACCAUUGAAGGAGAAGGAUGUUCAACUACAACACUUCCAAGUUUGA